UUCUUCUUCCUUUAUUUCUAAAACCCUUGGCAAUUUUACUGAACACUCUCUCUCUCUCUCUCUCUCUCUCUCUCUCUCUCUCUCUCUCUCUCUCUCUCUAAAAGGACCGCAAUUUCGAAAUCAAAGAUGCAGCAGCAGGGUGGAGGAUCGGAGAUGGAAGUAACAUGGGAGGAUCAGCAAAACAUUAACAAAUUUGGAAGAUUAAGUAACAGAUAUCAUGAGCUUGAGGAUGAAAUCAAGAUCGCUAAGGAAACGAAUGAGAACCUAGAGGAUGCUAGCAAUGAGUUGAUCCUCACUGACGAAGACUCAGUGAGGUUCCAGAUAGGAGAGGUCUUUGUUCAUAUGGCAAAUGAUGAAGUAGAGAGCAAGAUUGAUCAGAUGAAAGAGAUGACAACUAAGAACUUGGAAAAGCUUGAAGAAGAGAAGGCAUCUUUGCUUUCUCAAAUGGCAGAGUUAAAGAAGAUUCUGUAUGGGAAGUUCAAGGAUUCAAUCAAUUUGGAGGAGGAUUAGUUUGGGCAAUUUGUUCCUAUUUCUUCUUGGUAUGCAUGCAAGACUACCUGUAGGAAACAUAACUGUAUUCUCUUACAUGAAGGAGUGAACGACUCGCGCCCACUUCUGGAAUAUCUGGCAUCAUGGGCACCAUGACAGGGCCUAGAGAGUUAUGUGGCCCAAACUUCUGUUUUUGUCCUUUAUAAAAAGCUUUGGCAUUUUUAUUUACCAACCAAUGUAUUGAAUUGUAGUGAUGGAUUGGUUCACAAAAUCUGCGGACUCCAAAUUUCAACUAUGAGUUUCAUGGAUUUCUUAAGUUCGAUCGGUGAUUUGUUUUA